GGAACUUCAUGUCCUGGCUUAUAAUUAAUGAUUCCUCUUUGUGAGAUUAACUAAGAGGCCCGGUUUAUUAGCUGGAUGACAAUCCCUCAUUCAGCGCCUGAAUCGGGCAGCGGGGGCUCCGCGCAGUUGCAUGUGCGCUGGCAGGGAGCUGGUUAACACUGACACGGCUGGCUGGUUUUAAUAGGGAGGUAGUGGAGAGAGGGCGAGGUACAGCAUACAGCACACUAGACACCUGCAAACACUUGACUGGACUCGUACAGAGAGGGAGCGCGCGUUUGACUCUGGAAUAUUAACGGAUUUUUCCCCUCGUGAUAUGGUGAAGGAUGACAGUGCGAUUGGAAAUGGGAAAGUUUGUUUGAGCUCUGCGUAGCUUCUUUCUCUCAAAGUGUACCCGGUUUAGGAACGCUAGCCUGUACUUUUGUAUAAACUGCGGCGACUGGAAACUUUGGUAACUGAGAAAGAACGAACAGAUGGACAUUGGCGCGUGUAUGUGCCUUUGGUGACCGUUUUUGUUCGUACCGGACAGUUGUGUGCCACGGAAUGUAACAUCUUCCACCUUAAGUUACCUGGACAAAAAAUCUCGGAGGGUUAAACCGCUGUCAAUAUUGUGAACAUGAUGUCAUCUCUGCUUUUCGUCUUGAGUUUGUGUGUCUGGGGUUGUCAUGGCAACACCCGCACAACACCCCGAGUGCACCUGUCAUACAAAGAGUUACUGGAGACAAAAACCAUUCGGCCGUUUAGUUUCUCCUUCAACACCAGUGACUACAGAAUUCUGCACAUGGACCAAGACCAGGGCCGACUUUAUCUGGGCAGUCGUGAAUAUCUGGUCUCUCUAGACAUGCAGAAUGUCAAUAAGGAACCACUUAUUAUUCACUGGCCGGCGACAACGCAAAGAAAAGGGGAGUGUAAAUUAACUGGCAAAGGAGGACAGGGAGAGUGUGCUAACUUUGUCCGUCUGAUUGAGCCGUGGAACAGGACUCACCUGUACACCUGCGGCACUGGGGCUUACAAACCCAUCUGCACCUUCAUCAACAGAGGCUGGAGAGCUGAGGAAUACCUCUUCCGGCUGGUUCCUGGUUAUGUGGACUCUGGAAAAGGAAAGUCUCCUUAUGAUCCCCGGCAGGAGAACGCAGCAGCUCUGAUCAAUGGGAACCUGUAUUCUGGGGUGCAUGUGGACUUCAUGGGUACAGAUCCAGCCAUCUUCCGAACCUUAGGAGACCGUCCCGCUGUCAGAACAGAGCAGUAUGACUCCCGAUGGCUGAACGAGCCAGUUUUCAUAAAAAUCCAGAAGAUUCCAGACAGUGCAGAGAAGAACGAUGACAAGCUUUACUUCUUCUUUCGGGAGAAGAGUCUGGAUGCGUCAGGAGGCAGCGCUCCGAGUGUGCUUGCUAGAGUCGGACGGGUCUGUCUGAAUGAUGAUGGAGGUCAGAGGUCACUGGUGAAUAAGUGGACGACGUUCCUCAAAGCUCGGCUGGUCUGUUCUGUGAUCGGUGCAGAUGGUGUGGAGACCUACUUUGAUGAACUGAGGGAUGUUUUCAUCCAGAGGACCCAUGAUGAACGAAACCCCAUUGUGUAUGCAGUCUUCUCCACAGCUGGCUCAGUGUUUAAAGGUUCUGCAGUUUGUGUUUACUCAAUGUCUGACAUCAGAAAUGUCUUCAAUGGGCCCUUCUCACAUAAACAUGGCCACAACUACCAGUGGACUCCUUACACUGGCAAAAUCCCUUAUCCUCGGCCAGGGACUUGUCCCGGAGGAACUUUCACCCCUGAUCUCCACACCACUAAAGCCUUCUCAGACGAGGCUGUAAACUUUGUCCGUGCCCAUCCGCUGAUGUACCAACCUAUAUAUCCCAUACACAAGCGCCCCCUGGUGGUCAGGACUGGAGUCGACUACCGUUUCACCACCAUUGCUGUUGAUCUGGUGGACGCUGUGGAUGGAAGAUACGAGGUGCUCUUUCUGGGCACAGAUCGUGGAACAGUUCAGAAGGUGAUUGUCUUACCAAAAGACAUCAGCACAACAGAAGAGCUCAUAUUGGAAGAGGUGGAAGUUUUUAAGACUCCAGCAGCUGUCAAAACUCUGAAGAUUUCUACUAAAAGGCAACAGUUGUACGUGUCUUCAGAAAGGGGUCUCACCCAGGUGUCGCUGCACAGGUGCGCCGUCUAUGGAAAGGCCUGCUCUGACUGCUGUCUGGCACGAGACCCCUACUGUGCCUGGGAUGGAGAGCACUGCUCUGCUUUCACCCCUGCGACCAAGAGGAGAAGCAGAAGGCAAGAUAUCAAACAUGGAGAUCCUCUACGGCAGUGCAGAGGAUUUAACGCUAAAGUAGAGAAGCGACUGCGGGAGACAGUGCAGUUCGGGGUGGAGGGGAGCAGCACCUUCCUGGAGUGUCAGCCAAGGUCUCCACAGGCCACUGUCAAAUGGCUCUUCCAGAAGGACGGCAGGAGAAAAGCUCUCAGUCGAGACAAAGAGGUUCUGAAGACGGGUCAUGGAAUCCUGCUGAAAUCUCUCACCCAAUCAGACGCCGGUCUUUACCAUUGCCUAGCAACCGAAAACAACUUUAAGCACACCUUGGCUCGCAUCUCUCUCCGCAUCCUGGACAGAGAGAUUGUAGAGGCGCUGACUGAGUCAGACAUCCCGAUAGACCCAGAGCACCGGCGCCACCAUUCCCAUCAGCACCCUCCACCCCCACCACCACCACCUCAAGCCCACCCACCGGCUCUCCCACUCCACCCACAGCCUGAAGUGCGUCUCAUCAACCAGUACUGCCAGUCCUACAGGCAGCAGAUGCAGAGUCAGCCACAAAAAGCCAAACGCAACAACCGAAGGCACACAGGAGAACCAGAGGAGGAGCAGUGAAUAGAGGAGCACCUGCUGACCAUGUCCUGAAUAUGUAUCAUUAUGUACUUCUACCAGGCAGAUUCCUAUGUGGCCCCAUUAGUAUAAUAUGAUUCAUUAAUUUAGAUUAGAUCGGAACCAAACUGAUGAUUUUUGAGGUACAGUUUAAUGCACUUAGCUUCCCUAACUAAUACAAAUUUGGCUGUGAUGAACUCGCGUCCGUAAUUAGCAUUAAAUGACACUGUUUUUUUGUUUUUUUUAAUAUAGCGGGGAAAAUAUGUAAUAAAUACGUCACUAUUUUUCUCAGAAAAAGUAUUUCUAAAGGUGCUGUUAACUCGAAACUUUCCCCAGAUGUUGGUAACA